GUCAUCAGAGCACAGAAAACUGAAAUUAAAUACGUCUCAGUUUCAGAGUUUCCUGCCAGCACUUGGAAGGCAGACGGGGUCCCAGCAGCUCUGGCUGGGGCACAGAGAAUGCAGGGUUUUGGAAACACUGCUGUAAUCUGCAGCCUGAGAAACAAAGCAGGAUGGUGAGGAUUUUCCUUGUGUGGGUGUGGAUUCUUUUCCCAGGAUGUUGGGCUCUGACUGAACCUCAGAAGGUGAACGGGACCGUGGGUGGAUCAGUUCUUGUGUCUUGUCAGUACAGCAAAGAUUAUCGAAGUUACAAGAAGUACUGGUGCAGGGGAGACAACUGGAAACUAUGCUCUGUGGACAUUCAGACUACAGGGUCUGAGGAGGAAGUAAGACAGGAGAGACUCUGCAUCAGAGACAAUCAUACUCUGUGCAUAUUCACAGUGACCAUGAAGGACCUUCGAGAGGAGGAUGAUGACACUUACUGGUGUGGAAUAGAGAAAUUUGGAAUUGAUCUCAUGUUCCUUGUUCGAGUGUUCAUUCUCCCAGCUGUCCCCACUUCCCCACCCCCUGACAUCGCCACCUCAACAACAUCCGGAAAGGAAGAGACAGCAGAUGUUGAUGUUUCCACCAUUCCAGAUUUCACAUGGGCCAUGGGAGAGGCCGUUAAUGCAAGUACCAUAGACCCAGUCCUCCACAUCAUGACACCAUCCAUCCUGCUGGUUCUCUUUGUGAUCAUCCUCAUUGUGGUAGGACUUGUAAGAGUAUCGUGGAAGAAGAAAAAAGAUCUUAAGAAAACAUUGCAACCACAGAACAAGAACUUCUAUCUCUGUAAAUUGAAGCAUGAAGCUGAUCCUGCCCAGUCAGACAUGUACAUGAACAUGCCGCCUACAUCUAGCCUGUCCCUUCCUGAGAAUGACUACGAAAACUUGCAAGGGAUGAGUCAGGCUUCACCUUCCACAGCAAAGCAUCCGCCCGCCCAUCAAGAGGCCAUCUAUACCAACAUGUGCCCAGGCACAGCCAGGCUGAACCCUCGCCAUCAGCAAGCAAAGCGUGGGAGGAAAAAGUGACUGGCCCAUACUCUUCUCACCAAUGGGAGAUGUAGCAGCUUAUUCAGAUUUUCCCACUGCACUUAUCCAGAUUUUCCCACUUCAAACCUAGCACUGAGUCAAGUUAUUCAUUCCUGUCUGAGGUUUGUGGGAGGGGUAUGGCACUGUGACAUUAAUUAGGUGCUUACAACUGUUAUAUAGCUGCCGUGCUUGGACUGAACUGUAAGUCAAAGCCACAGUAUCUCCCCACCCUGCACAGUUGAGUUACAUGGCAAAGUACCGAUACAGGAGAAUGUCAGACAUCCUCCAUCAAAUCAUGUGACAAGGCCCUCAGACGCUACUGAUGGGAGAAAUACGUAUUCCUGCUGUAGUAAUGCAGUGCAUGGAUUAGGAAAAAUUAAGUGCUGACUGCUCCAAGCUGCUAUGCUGCUUGUUCUCAUCUCUGCUCGUAGGGAUGUUCCAGCAAAUCUCCACCCCACCCUGGUGGGUGGCUGCCGGGGACUUCCAAGCCUGUCCCGACCUUCAGAUUCCCUUCAGUUAGUGGUCAGGCACCCACUGCAGUUGAAGGGGAAUUUCCUGAUGCCUGUGAAGGGAGCAAGGCCCAGGCAGACCACUGAGCUUGCAUGGCUGCUGGUUCUCCAAAGCGACACUGCUUAGAAGUAAAACUUAGGGCAAGGUCAGCCCCUUCCUAUUGCCCUGGCAGGAGAAAUGGAACCAGUCAGACCACAAUUAAUGAAGUCAAAAGUGAAACUGCCUUUUUUUGAGAGAAGUGAACAAGAAACGGAGCUCUGGGAGUCAGGGUUUCAUUCUGGUCAGAAAGAGGGACCCCGGGUGUCAGCGAGCCCAGUGAGAGUCACCCCUGGAAGCAUCUCACAGCCUGAUGAGGGAAGCAGGACAAUGAGGCUCUGCCUUGUUCUUAUCUGGACGCUUUCCCCCGGUGAGGAAGAUGUGAGAUUGUACAUCUGGACAUGUCCGCCUAGUGCCGUGCUGGGCCAAUGGUCCUAGCUUAUUGCCCAGCUCUGUUGAUGUAUAUCCUAGGUACACAACUGAGAAGACAAAUAUGAGAGGAAGGUAGCAAAGUCCUAGAAUGCAGAUGUGCUGUUACCCCAGGACUAACCUUCCUCUAGGGACUCCUUUACGCUCAGCCCCAACCCCUUUGAGAUCCAUAGGGCAGGGAUUUAGCUUCAGUUUCUCCACAAGGUCACUCCUGGCUGGAUUUCUACUGGGAUCAUCAAUGUGACAAUACUGCAGCCAGUUCUGUUUGAAGGCAGUUUUGAAAAAUUGGUCUGGGGACCUGGGGGGGGGGG